AUGCAGAAAAAGGACGAAACAAUGGUCAGAAGGAUUAUGAUUGGGAAAGGUAAACUAGCGGUGGUUUGUGUAUAUAGAAGGAGGAGAGAAGCGGAAGGCAGUGUUCAGGAAACAGAUGGAUCUUUCUUUGAGAGUUUUACUGCCUUGUCUUGGAAACAAGAAAAUCGAAGGUUAAUGGUUCUUCGAGAAGUGGAGGCCAGAGCUGAGGAAGCACCACUACCGUCCAGAGAUUUUAGUCUGACCACGACACAAAAUUACAGAAUCACUCAAAAAGAGAUGGAACAACUAUAUAGAGAAGUUCUUUACACAAUUGCAAAUAGGGUAGGCGCUAGUACUGGCCCCUAUGCCCAAUAUAAAGAAGAUCUUUAUAGAUAUGCUCAAGAAGCUUUUAGUGUACCUCAAGAUCAACAUAGGCGAUUUUUGAAUAUUGCAUCUGAAGAAAAGCCUCCAAUAGUCCUGCUGAAUGUUCUUGUGGUGGAAGCAGAAGGCCUGGAAGCAAAGGAUGCCAAUGGUUCAGAUGACACCAAAGUUUGCCUAGUGUUUAACAGAAAAAACAAUGUGGAUGAGAAAUUAUUACAAUCUUUAAUUUCCCAACGAGAACAUCUUGUUGGACGAUUGUAUGAUCAUAUGUAA